UCCAAUUUCUGUAGCAACCCAAUCCAAUUUAUGUUAACCGUUGGGAAACUUCGCGAAUUAUCUAAAUUCUCCAUUUCCAUAACCGCUUCCUUCUUCUUCACAGUUCGUUCUUCUGAGUUAUCAUCUCCGAUCUUUUGCUCCACUCAGACUUCAUCUUUUGUGAGUAGCUAUAUAGCUGUAUAUAAAGCUCAUGCGUGGGCUUGUUGCACUUCUGCUGCGUGCGAAAAACAGUUACAAGCUAAUGUACCCAGUGAAUGGAUCACGGGGUAUAUUGGCGACAUUAACACCUAAGAAACAAGAGAAUAAUGAAUCUGGCGAAAUGGGGCUAGCUUCUAAAGAGAUGGCUGAUCCAAUAGUUGCCUAUAGCCGGCCUCCACCACUUCCUCCUGUUAUAGGACCCUUUGUUGCCCUCUCGUUGUUGGAUACAUGGUGGAACCGCAGCAGGGAUGAUGAUGGGUAAUGAUGUGAGAUAUAAUAAUACCCUUUACUUAAAUAUAAUCUUGGAGAUAAACAUAGCAGCACUGAAUGCAUAGCUUAUCAAUCGUAUCAUGAAACUCCAUAGCUUUAUGUAGCCAUCUAGUAGUGGAUUAAUAAAAGGUGCUACAAAUAUAUUGUAAAUUUUCAGCAUCCAUAUUAGUAUUGCAUGAGGUCUUCUUAAGAACCCUGCAUGAACAUGCAUGUAUGUUAAUGGAUAUUUUGGGUUGAUUUUAAAGGAAUGAAAAAUCUUUAAACUCCGACUCA